CUCACAGGUGAGUUUUGCUUGUAACUGUAACCAAUAAAAAUUCCUAGGGACCUUCUCUUCAUCAGCACCUCUCUCUCUCUCUCUCAAAAGCACAUCUUCUUCUUCUCCUCCUCUAUCUUUUGCUCGUUGUUUGUCAUCCAGAUCCUAUAUUCACUUCUGAACUUCAUACCCCAAAAAAAUGCCAAUUUCAAGAAAACCAGUGGACACAUUCCAAACUGUGCUGAGGCGUGUAAACGAAUUCAUCAAAAAGAUCCAAACACGCGCCACUGAAAGCACACAAACCCACCCCGUUUCUUCCGAGAUCCAAAUCCUCUUCACCGAAAGCAACCAAACAGACCCUGUUCAUUCCCUUCCUUCCGUUGACCCUGUUUCUUCCCUUACUUCCGAGAUCCAAUCAUACGCCACCGAAAGCAACCAAACUGAACCUGUUCCUUCCCUCACAAAGAUCCAAAACGACCUCAAAGAUAUCGAAGAUCUGAUAGCUAACUUCAAGCAUUGGGAAGAUGACCUCAUGAAAGAAUUCAUUUCUUUGGGACAAGUCAUUGGGGAUGACCACGAAAAAAAUAUGUUGGAAAAUGGUACCCAGAAAGACAUCAACGGCAAGCUCAGUUCCAUCCACGAAAAGCUCAAAAGCAUCAAGAAAAUGCUGCCAGCCACUCAGACAUCGUUAAAGCAGCCAGUCCCAUCGGAGACUCCGGCCCAGAUGGUGUCUAAUGAAUGGUUAAAUUUGAAACUGGAGGAGAACAUUCUAGUUUCACCGUCAAUUGCUAAUCUUCAGCUGAGUUAUGAUGUUCUUGAGACACAAUUAAAGCUCUGUUUGCUCUGUUUCACAGUUUUUCCCGAGAAAGCUGUUAUCAAGAAAAGGCCAUUGAUUCACUGGUGGAUUGGCGAAGGUUUGGUCACCAAGUCCAAAGACAAGACCGCGGACGAGGUAGGUGAAGAAAUCUUUGAGAAGCUGGUCAAGAUAGGUUUAUUACAGCGAAGUUUCAAGAACAAGGACAAGAACAAGAAGAGUCCCAUUGUGGAUAGCUGCACUAUGCAUCCUUGGAUUCGCCGUAUGCUUGUACCUGUGGCCAGAAGAGCUCAGUUCUUCGAUUUCAAUCCUGCCGGAAAAAUCGCUGAUGAUUACACCGAAUCUAACUCUCAUCGCGCCUGCUUAGUUUCCGGUAAUCGAGGCUUAUCGGGUAUUACUAGCUCUAAUUCUAAUUCUAAUUCUAGUUCCAACCCUAACCCUAGCUCAAACUCCAACUCUAACUCAAAUUCUAACACUAACUCUAACUCUAACUCGACCGAUGAGUUGUUAACCAUUUUCAAUGUUGACGAGCACUAUCUUAGUUUUGAGAAUGAUUUGUUUUCCAAAUUCAAGAAGCUUGCGAUUCUACACCUGGGAAGGUGGCAAAACUCAGCUAAGCACCAUAUUGAAGUGGAAGAUGACAAGUUCUUGAAAGAGUUGCAGGCUCAGAAGCACUUGAGGUAUCUUAGCCUUCAAGGGAUGUCAAGAAUCACAGAAAUACCUCCUUCGAUUUUUGAGUGCAUCAACCUUGAAAUUCUGGACCUCAGGGCAUGUCACAAUUUAGAGACAUUGCCUGAUGAUAUCUCGCGGCUGCGGAAGCUCACGCACUUGGAUGUAUCCGAGUGUUACUUGCUAGAAAAGAUGCCAAAGGGGCUCGAAAACCUCUCCUCAUUGCAAGUGCUCAAGGGCUUUGUUAUAGGACAUUCAAAGAAAAAACCUGACCUCACUAAGUUGGUGAGAUUGAGGAAGCUGAGCAUACAUAUUGGGGAUAAAGCUUAUAAACAUGAAGGGGAGCUCAGUGAGUUGAAGGACAUUGUAUCUCUUCGUGUCCUAACAAUAUCAUGGAAGAUGGAAAAACCAAGCGAGCAAUCAAGCAGCAAGACAAAAACCGGAGGUGGAAGAUCACGUUCUCUACAGAGAAAGAAAAGCACCAAAUUCACUAGAGCUGCAACGUCGACUAUGAAACCUUUCUCAUUGCCUCCAAAUUUGGAGAAACUGGAUCUUAGGUGCUUUCCUAAACCAGAGUCACCAGAAUGGUUAAAGCCUAGCUGCCUGGAGAAUUUAAAGAAGCUGUAUAUAAGGGGAGGGGACCUUGAGACAUUGAAUUCUGAGACGGAUAAGAAGUGGAAAGUUGAGAUUUUGCGUUUGAAAUAUCUGAGGAACUUCAAGAUAGAGGUCUCGGAGAAUGUGUUUCCUGAUCUGAAAUACUUUGAGAAGUUCAAAUGCAACCAGAUUAAUGAAUCUGAUGAGAAAAAAGAACUUCCUAUAAAUGAGCGUCGUCAAAAUGACAAGGAUGUUGAGUGGGAGAAAGAGGAGGGAUGGAACGCACUCACAGCACAGCUAGCCAAAGAGUGAUCAACUGAGUUGCUAUCCUCUCGUGCCUCCUCUUCUAGUUUCAUUGGCCUUCUUGUGUGGAUGUUAUAUAUUGUGCCUGCUAAAUGCUUAGUAGAACAAUUGCUAUUAGUACUACUACUAGUCUGUUGUUGUGUGUAGCUAAUGUACACUGAAUUUCACUACUCACUUCUUUACCCUUCCAACUGAUGUUUUCCAUCCACCUCUCUCUCUCUCUCUCUCUCUCUCUCGCUCUGGAGGAUUUUACUUCCUGUCUGUACAUUAUUAUGUUAUAUAAUUCCGUAUUUAUUUACCUA